CGCCGUGACAACUAGUGACCACAAAAGCUGUGCUCUUAUUCAAACGAGACUGAAAUUAGGAGAUAUAAUGUUGGCAGCGGCUCAGGAAGCGGCGCUAGCAGGGCAUCAACAGGGCUCCACAAGCGGGGGGCACUCGGGUCGAAGGGGAGCCCAUCGCUUAGCUGAUAGAAUGGGUGGCCCAAAGAAAGACGACACACCACCCGGUGGUGGUCCAACAUCAUUAUUUAUCCUCACCGAGGAUAAUCCAAUUAGAAAAUACACACGAUUCAUCAUUGAAUGGCCGCCCUUCGAGUAUGCUGUGUUAUUGACAAUCAUUGCCAACUGUGUUGUGUUGGCUUUAGAAGAACAUUUGCCUGGGAGUGAUAAAACAGUAUUGGCGCUGAAACUGGAAAAAACGGAGACCUAUUUUUUAUGCAUUUUCUGUGUAGAAGCAUCGCUCAAGAUCCUUGCCCUAGGGCUUGUUCUGCAUAAACACUCCUACCUCAGGAAUAUUUGGAACAUCAUGGAUUUUAUCGUCGUAGUAACGGGAUUUAUGGCACUGCUCCCACAAAAAUGGAUUGAGGUAGAUCUAAAAACAUUAAGGGCUAUACGUGUGCUAAGGCCCUUAAAAUUAGUCUCUGGAAUUCCUAGUCUACAAGUAGUUUUAAAAUCCAUUAUAAAGGCUAUGGCGCCGUUGCUUCAAAUUGGACUUUUAGUCUUGUUUGCGAUCGUUAUAUUUGCAAUCAUCGGACUCGAGUUCUAUUCGGGUGCCCUGCAUAAAACUUGUUAUAGUUUGGAAGAUCUAAGAAGGUCCGUUAAGGAAGGCGAAUCAGAGACGCCCUGCUACUCGGAUAAUGCGUCGAUGAAAGCGGCUGGUUCUUUCUCAUGUGAUUAUAACACGAGUAUGUGUUUGGAUAAAUGGGAAGGGCCAAAUUGGGGCAUUACUAGUUUUGAUAAUAUCGGCUUUGCCAUGUUGACUGUGUUCCAAUGUAUCACAAUGGAGGGCUGGACAGCAAUACUGUAUUGGACCAACGACGCUUUAGGUUCAGCAUUUAAUUGGAUAUAUUUCGUGCCUCUUAUAGUUAUAGGCUCAUUUUUUAUGCUCAACUUAGUUCUCGGUGUCCUUAGCGGUGAGUUUUCGAAUGAACGUAAUCGUGUCGAACGUCGCAUGGAGUUUCAAAAAUGCCGUUUUCGCACCAUGUUUCAAACUGCCAUGGUUUCAUAUCUCGAUUGGAUAACACAAGCAGAGGAAGUGAUCUUAGCCGAAGAGCGUACAACUGAGGCGGAAAAAAUGCACAUAAUGGAAGCACGGAGAAGAAAUGCGGCGAAGCGUAAAAAACUGAAAAGCUUAGGCAAAUCGAAGUCAACUGACACAGAGGAGGAGGACGGUGAAGAAGACUACGGGGACGAUGAGGGUGGUGAAAAGGGCGAUGAAGGAUAUCUAAAAUCACGCCCUAAACCUCAAGGCAGCUGUACGGGCUUUUGGCGGGCCGAAAAGCGCUUCCGCUUCUGGAUACGACACACUGUGAAGACACAAUGGUUCUAUUGGUUUGUCAUCGUACUCGUAUUCCUGAACACUAUGUGCGUCGCAGUAGAGCACUAUGAUCAACCACAGUUUUUAACAGAUUUUUUAUAUGUUGCUGAAUAUGUCUUUUUGGGUCUAUUCAUGUCGGAGAUGUUCAUCAAGAUGUAUGCGCUGGGACCGCACACCUAUUUCGAAUCGUCGUUUAAUCGAUUCGAUUGUGUCGUCAUUAGUGGUUCGAUAUUCGAAGUUAUAUGGUCCGAAGUGAAAAGCGGUUCAUUCGGUUUAUCCGUAUUGCGAGCGCUUCGUUUACUUCGUAUCUUCAAAGUGACCAAAUAUUGGUCAUCCUUGCGAAAUCUUGUGAUUUCGUUGUUGAACUCGAUGAGAUCCAUCAUUUCACUGUUGUUCCUGCUCUUCUUAUUCAUUCUAAUAUUUGCACUACUUGGCAUGCAAUUGUUUGGCGGGCAAUUUAGUUUUAAAAGCGGUACCCCCGAAACAAAUUUCAACACAUUCCCCAUAGCCUUACUUACAGUCUUUCAAAUUCUAACCGGUGAAGAUUGGAAUGAAGUCAUGUAUCAGGGAAUUAAAUCACAAGGUGGCUAUAAGAAAGGAAUGAUUUAUUCUGUAUACUUUAUCGUUUUGGUACUCUUCGGUAAUUAUACACUGUUAAACGUAUUCUUGGCUAUCGCUGUCGAUAAUUUAGCGAAUGCCCAAGAACUGACAGCUGCCGAAGAGGAGCAAGUCGAGGAAGAUAAGGAGAAGCAAUUGCAGGAGCUUGAAAAGGAAAUGGAGGCGCUUCAAGCAGAUGGCGUUCACGUAGAGAACGGUGACGGCGCAUCCAUACCGAAUAAGGCAAAGAGUAAAAAGAAAGAAGACGAAAAGAAGGAGGAAGAAGAAGUGACGGAGGGUCCAAAACCAAUGUUGCCAUAUUCAUCUAUGUUUAUACUAUCACCAACGAACCCUAUACGCCGCGGCGCACAUUGGGUUGUUAAUUUGCGAUAUUUUGAUUUUUUCAUAAUGAUCGUCAUCUCAUUGUCAUCGAUAGCGUUAGCAGCCGAAGAUCCUGUUCGUGAGCAUUCGUCACGAAACGAAAUCUUAAAUUAUUUCGAUUAUGCAUUUACCGGCGUAUUCACAAUAGAAAUGUUACUAAAAAUUGUAGAUUUAGGCGUUAUAUUACAUCCAGGCAGCUAUUUAAGAGAAUUCUGGAAUAUUAUGGAUGCUGUGGUCGUUGUAUGCGCUGCUGUUAGUUUCGGUUUCGAUAUGAGCGGUAGCAGCGCUGGACAAAAUUUAUCAACCAUCAAAUCGUUGCGCGUACUGCGCGUCCUGCGACCAUUGAAAACCAUCAAGCGUGUACCAAAAUUGAAAGCCGUCUUCGACUGCGUAGUGAAUUCAUUGAAAAAUGUUGUUAACAUUCUAAUCGUGUACAUAUUAUUUCAAUUUAUAUUUUCCGUAAUUGGUGUACAAUUGUUCAAUGGGAAAUUUUUUUAUUGUACGGACGAAAGUAAACAUUCUUCCGAAGAGUGCCAGGGUUACUAUUUUAAAUAUGAGGAGGACGAGUUACUUCCAAAGCAGGAGGAGCGCAUUUGGCGGCCGCGUAGUUUUCACUACGACAACGUGGCGGCGGCAAUGCUGACACUUUUCGCGGUACAGACCGGCGAAGGAUGGCCACAAGUUCUACAACACUCAAUGGCUGCAACAUAUGAAGAUAGGGGUCCCAUACAAAAUUUCCGGAUCGAAAUGUCCAUAUUUUAUAUUGUGUAUUUCAUUGUAUUUCCAUUCUUCUUCGUGAAUAUAUUCGUGGCCUUGAUUAUCAUAACAUUUCAAGAGCAAGGCGAGGCUGAGUUGCAAGAUGGUGAAAUUGAUAAAAACCAGAAAUCCUGCAUAGAUUUCACAAUAGGCGCGCGGCCGCUCGAACGGUAUAUGCCCAAAAAUCGAAACACGUUCAAGUACAAAGUCUGGCGCAUUGUAGUCUCGACGCCAUUCGAAUAUUUUAUAAUGAUGCUAAUUGUGUUCAAUACUUUACUGCUUAUGAUGAAGUAUCAUAACCAAGGUGAAAUGUAUGAGAAAUCACUUAAAUAUAUCAACAUGGGAUUCACGGGGAUGUUCAGCGUUGAGACCGUACUGAAAAUCAUUGGAUUUGGCGUUAAGAAUUUCUUCAAGGAUCCCUGGAACAUUUUUGAUCUGAUCACCGUUGUGGGUAGUAUUGUCGAUGCGCUUUGGAUGGAGUUCGGGUCGAACUCAAUCAACGUUGGCUUCCUGCGUUUAUUUCGUGCGGCGCGUCUCAUUAAAUUACUCCGUCAAGGAUACACGAUACGAAUCCUGUUGUGGACAUUUGUACAAUCGUUCAAAGCACUUCCAUAUGUCUGUUUGUUAAUAGCCAUGCUCUUUUUUAUUUAUGCUAUUAUUGGAAUGCAGGUGUUUGGGAAUAUCAAACUAGAUACAAUGGAUAAUACCAUUACUAGGCACAACAACUUCCAAUCAUUUAUACAAGGCGUCAUGUUGCUAUUCAGAUGUGCAACUGGCGAGGCGUGGCCGAACAUUAUGCUGGCGUGCCUUAAGGGGAGGCCAUGCGAUGAAGAGGCCGACAAGGGCAACGAAACAUGCGGGUCAACGCUGGCAUAUGCAUAUUUUGUAUCAUUUAUAUUCUUUUGCUCAUUCCUCAUGUUGAAUUUAUUCGUUGCCGUUAUUAUGGAUAAUUUUGAUUAUCUUACAAGAGACUCCAGUAUAUUGGGUGCCCAUCAUUUGGACGAGUUCGUUCGUAUAUGGGCUGAAUAUGAUCCAAAUGCGACUGGUAGAAUACAUCAUACGGAAAUGUAUGAUAUGUUAAAAAAUAUGGAUCCUCCGUUGGGGUUCGGUAACAAAUGUCCCAAUCGCCUCGCCUAUAAGAAACUAAUACGUAUGAAUAUGCCGUUAGAUGACGAAAUGAGAGUACAAUUUACAACGACGCUUUUUGCGUUGAUACGCGAAAAUUUGAGCAUUAAGAUGCGAUCUGCGGAGGAAAUGGAUCAAGCGGAUAUGGAACUUAGGGAAACUAUAACGAAUAUUUGGCCUUUGCAAGCGAAGAAAAUGUUAGAUUUGCUUGUACCACCCAUAGACCAACUGAAUAAAGGAAAGUUGUCAGUUGGCAAAGUGUAUGCCGGUCAAUUGAUAUUGGAGUCGUGGCGUACGACGCGGUUCGGACAAAUCGAUUCUGGCAUGCCGCGGAAAAAGCGCCACACUGAAGACGAAGAACGCUUACCAAGCCCAACAGCCGACGAUCAGCCGAUGCUGGAGCUGCAGGAUGCCUCGAGACAUCCAUCGCAGGAAUCCUUAACCGGUGCCGAUGCUGGUCAUUUACAUCCUGGUCACGCGUAUCACAAUGGUCAUCAUCGUCGUUCGCCAAGUUUAAGACAUAACGGAUCUCCAUUGGCCAGAUCUCCAAGUCCUAGACGGCGAGGCCAUCAAUACAUACAUCAUGAUAUUGGGUUCUCCGAUACCGUAUCUAAUGUUGUAGAGAUGGUCAAGGAGACCCGUCAUCCUAGGCACGGAUAUGGACAUCCGCGUUAUCCAAGAGGUUCAUGGUCAGCAUCGACAAGUCCGGCCCGUUCGCCCUCGCCUUCUCGUUAUGGUGGCCAUUAUUCGCGCAGUAGGCGUACAGAACUGCCUUUUCCCACAUAUGGGACAACAAGUCUAUGUCAAAGAUCACGUUCGCCGAGUCCCGCUCGACUUCAGGAGAUGCGUGAACGAGAUAGACUUGGUUAUGGGAUUGAUAUGGGUGGUACUCAUGUUCAGUACAGUUACCCAACGCUGGCAUCGCGACGUGCUGGCAUGGGUCGACGUCUACCACCGACACCAAGUAAACCAUCAACACUACAGCUGAAGCCAACAAAUAUUAAUUUUCCAAAACUUAACGCAAGUCCGACACAUACACAUCACUCGACACCCCAUAGUGUUCAUUCUUUGCCACACCACCGUGAUCUGCUGCGGGAUCGUGCGAUGUACCGCGACCUCUAUAGCAGUAGAGAACGCGAUCGUGAUCGAGAGCGAUAUCGAGAUCACCUUCGCGACUACGAUAUGCGGUAUGAGUAUCGGGAUCAUGAACGUGAACUCUAUGAGAGAGAGCGUGAUCGUCAAAGGGAUUUCGAAAGAGAAAGACUGGAAUAUAUAGCGCCGCUGUCGUUUGAACAAGCGCUCGCUAUGGGCAGAACGGGUCGUGUACUGCCUUCACCCGUUCUAAAUGGCUAUAAGCCAAAAGGUGGCUUACACGCCCGACAUUCGGAUUCGGACGAGGAGGACUGGUGCUAGCAAAGGCUUUGAU